UAUGCGCGGUGGGGCGGAAGAUCUACCCGGGAGGGUCCCGGGGUGCGGGGAUUCUGCAACCGAGGAUCCCGAUGCAAGAGCGGGGGCGGGAGGGUUCUACACCCGUGGGUCCCCAGCAGGAGCAGGGACAGGAGAAUCUACGCCGGAGGGUCCCGAGGCCAGAGAGGAAACUGGGUGCGGGCGCGGCGUGGGGAGAGGUCUACAAUGCAGCCUCUCGGGAUCGUAGCGGGGACCGAGGGUCUACCCCGUAAGGUCCUGAUGCAGGAGAAAGGGCGUGAGGGGCGCAGGGGUCUGUACCCGAGCGUCUGCGGCGGGAGCAGGGAAGGAGGGACGCAGGUACCUGUCCCGAAGAGGCAGUAGCCCUGCGCGCGUAGUCUCUACUCCAGUGCUGGGAGGGGUGGGAGCAAAGGAGAUUCCAGAAGAACAUUUAGGUGCCCCUAUCCCCCACCCCCUCCGCCAUCGGGGGCGGGGCGAGGAUGGGCACCGCCCCUAGCCCCCAGCCAGGCUCCGAGUUCCCUGGGGGACCGGCACCCUGCCGGAGGCGCGCUAGGGUUCCGACUGCUUCGUGCGCUUUCAUGGAGGUCCGAGCGGCGGUGGCCUGGUCCCGGCUGCCGCCCCGUCUGUCCGCGUCGAAUCUGCAGGAGCCCAGGGGUUGGAGAAGCACCAACAGAGGGCUCCUGAGCUGGCACCAGCUGAAAGGGGCCCCUGGGAUGAGCCCCGACGAGGGGAAACCGGCCAAGGGCCCAGCCUCCUGACCCCGGGCCAGCGCAUGGGGCCAUGGCCCUGCUCCCUGGGCACGCGGAGCCCCGGGGUCCCGAGCCCCUGGGUGGCGGCGGGGCCCGCGCCCGGCACGUCAUCAUCAACGUGGGCGGCUGCAGGGUGCGCCUGGCCUGGGCCGCGCUGGCGCGCUGUCCCCUCGCACGCCUCGAGCGCCUGCGGGCCUGCCGCGGCCACGACGAGCUGCUGCGCGUGUGCGACGACUACGACGUGAGCCGCGACGAGUUCUUUUUCGACCGCAGCCCGUGCGCCUUCCGCGCCAUCGUGGCGCUGCUGCGCGCCGGCAAGCUGAGGCUGCUGCGCGGCCCCUGCGCCCUGGCCUUCCGCGACGAGCUGGCCUACUGGGGCAUCGACGAGGCGCACCUGGAGCGCUGCUGUCUGCGCCGCCUGCGCCGCCGCGAGGAGGAAGCGGCCGAGGCGCGUGCGGGGCCUGCGGGGCGCAUGGCGCCUGGGAGCCCGGGCAGCGCCCUAGGGCCCGGCGGGCGGCUGGCGCGCGGCCGGCGGCGCCUUCGCGACGUGGUGGACAACCCGCACUCGGGACCGGCCGGCAAGCUCUUCGCCUGCGUGUCCGUGACCUUCGUGGCCGUCACGGCGGUCGGCCUCUGCCUCAGCACCAUGCCGGACAUCCGUGCGGAGGAGGAGCGGGGCGAGUGCUCCCCCAAGUGCCGCAACCUGUUCGUGCUGGAGACCGUGUGUGUGGCCUGGUUCUCCUUUGAGUUCCUGCUGCGCUCACUGCAGGCGGAGAGCAAGUGCGCCUUCCUGAGGACGCCGCUCAACAUCAUCGACAUCCUGGCCAUUCUGCCCUUCUACGUGUCGCUGCUCGUGGGCCUGGCGGCCCGGCCGGGCGCCGGCGGCAACAAGCUGCUGGAGCGCGCCGGGCUGGUGCUGCGCCUUUUGCGUGCGCUGCGCGUGCUCUACGUGAUGCGCCUGGCGCGCCACUCGCUGGGGCUACGUUCGCUCGGCCUGACCGUGCGCCGCUGCGCGCGCGAGUUCGGGCUGCUGCUGCUCUUCCUCUGCGUGGCCAUGGCGCUCUUUGCGCCGCUGGUGCACCUGGCCGAGCGCGAGCUGGGCGCGCGCCGCGACUUCUCCAGCGUGCCGGCCAGCUACUGGUGGGCGGUAAUCUCCAUGACCACCGUGGGCUACGGCGACAUGGUGCCGCGCAGCCUCCCCGGGCAGGUGGUGGCGCUGAGCAGCAUCCUUAGUGGCAUCCUGCUCAUGGCCUUCCCGGUCACCUCCAUCUUCCACACCUUCUCGCGCUCCUACUCCGAGCUCAAGGAGCAGCAGCAGCGCGCCGCCAGCCCGGAGCCUGCUCUACGUGAGGACAGCACGCGCUCUGCCUCCGCCACUGCCACGGAGGACAGCUCACAGGGCCCAGAUGGCGCUGGCCCAGGCGGGGACUCCGAGGACGGGCCGUGGGCGCAGGCAGGGCCGGCCUGACCAUGGCAGCAGCUCCUCAUAAGCUCCAGAAAUAGAACUGCAGUCCUCGCUUCCCACCACGCAAGGAGGGGACACAGAAGACUUUGGAGGUCCAGCUUCUGUCGCCGCGCAUCUAGUCAGAGUGCAUGUUGUUCAACCCGCGCAGCCCGUAACUCGGCCCAGGGCAGACCCCAGACUGACUGGGGGUCAGAACCACCCUGUGCUUUGAGUAAAGAGUUUAACUCCUAGGAGCAUUACCAGCCUGUGCUCCGCUUUCCUUUUAGGUCUCAUCCGAGUUUUGACUCUCUGGCUAACCAAAAAUAAAUUCAACUAGUCCCAGAAAUUCCAAGCCUGUGGCAAAUGCCAGAGGGCCACACUUGUACCCAGGCCUCACCCUGAC